AUGUAUAAACAUCUGAUAAUUUGCAACAUUUUGUUUAUUUCUUUUACAUUAGGAGAGGUAAUCCCUGUUUCUAAGGUCAGUGAUACGAAUCCGACGCUGAAUAAAAUAACUUCCGUAAGUAAAGAUACCGUUAAUCACACCCUAAUUACCGAGGGUGGUGCGAUUACAUCAAAUAAUUCUGUGACGCUGCCAAAAGAGAAUCAUACUCUGAUUAACAUAGAUAAGGAGCUCACUAUAAGUAAGCCAAAGUCUGUAGUUCCACGGAAAGGUGUUAAAUAUGAUGCAGCAGAUGACAUCAGCAAAUCAGGACACUUAUCAGAUGAAAGCUCAUCUACUAUUAAAAACCAAAAUAAUCUGAUAUCAAAGGUUACACUAGUAACACCUACUAGUGAUAACACGACAUCAGUCUCAAACGGAACAGAAAAGUUAAAUGUAACCAAAAUACUGAAACCGUUGGUUCUUUCGCAUGAAUCUCUAGCUAAAAUGGAUGAAAUAAACCAUGUACAUAUAGAAGAGGAUGAACCUGAUGUUAAAGUACAAGUGAUGAAGGCCGGCAGCCAUCCUGGCCUUAUAAUACCAAUCGUGAUAACCAUUUUAGUUGUACCCAUGUUUGCAGUUGUCGCGUAUUUGGCUCUCAAACGAGGAAAAGAAGCCUGGAAGAAUAGACACUACAAACGGAUGGACUUUCUACUAGAUGGGAUGUAUAAUGACUAA